UUUCCACUGUCUUAUUUGCUCAAAGACUGUCUUAUUUCUGAUCAAAUGCACGAACUGUGAAUAUUGUAUGCAAAUAUUUUUUUCCAAAAUUAUUUUAUAUCGUAUACAGAUGUUGUAAAGUAAUUCUGUGUACAAAAUGCCGAAUAUGUAUUCCGAGUCAAUUUUCAAGUUUUCAAGUCAUUUUCUUAAAACUUUGGUUUGGUAUAUUACUCAACUCUUUCAUUCAGUAUAGACAAAUAAUACAACUUGCCCAAAUCUGUAUGCAUGUGCUUUAUCUUUACUUGCGAUUUCAAUUUUAUUGUGAUUUUUUAUAUCAUGUUUUUUUUUCCAUAUUAUCUAUAUCAUGUCUUGUACAAGGUGAAAUAUGACAGUAAUGUUUCUGUUUUGCUUGUAUGUUGCUAUAUGUAUGGUCUUGUCUUCGACUAUACUGCUGUUACCUAAAAUAUGAAUUUCUUUAAUUUAUCGACUGCCUGUCCCUUUCAACUUCCACAAGAUUUCUCUUGUUUUCAUCGAGUCAUGUAUCUUGUUGCGACAAGAUUUUAUCGAUAUGUUAUGGCAUUAAUGUUGUUUUUUCUUUGAACUUGGCAUCUUAAUUUGUUAUUCUCAAAUGAGCCAGACCUCAACGGAAGUUUCACAUGACUUUCUAUACAAAUGUACAUAAAUAAACACAACUUGUAAGACUCUCUGCACAUACAUUCAUUUGUUCGAUUUCAGCUUAGAAGUUCAAUCCUUCGUCCAUGGAUACCACAAGUAAUCAAUUAAGUGCCUCUUCUUCCUCUUCUUCAUCGCCUUUGUCUCAAUCUAAAUGGGAUGUCUUCUUGAGCUUUUAUGGCAAGGACACUCGUAAAGCCUUUAUUUCACAUCUUUACUCUGCUCUAGACCUCGCAGGUAUUCUGACCUUCAAAGAUGAUCCUGCACUUGAAAAGGGUGAAGAAAUUUCGUCGGGGCUACGGAAUGCAAUCAAAUACUCAAGGAAGUGUAUCGUUAUUCUCUCGGAGAACUAUGCUCGUUCAUCAUGGUGUCUCGAUGAGCUCGUAGAGAUCCUUGGCUGCAAGAGAACUGCAAAUCAGGUUGUUCCUGUAUUUUACUAUGUCAAGCCAUCACAUGUACGGCAUCAAAAAGGAAGUUUUGGGGAAGCUCUUGAAGUUCAUAAAAAGCGUUUUUCAGUUGAUAUGAUUGAGAAGUGGAAAUAUGCUCUUGCUGAAAUCGCGGAACUAUCAGGAUACCAUCUUAAGAAAGAUGCAAAUGAGACUGAAGCUGACAUCAUUCAAAAAAUUGUGGAGACUGUAGCUCCGCUAACAACUACAAACGUGCUGCACCUCGAGGAUGAUCUAUUUGGGAUAGAUUCUACUGUUGAGGAGAUUUAUCAAAGACUAAUCGUGGAGUCUGUCCGUGCCAUUGGGAUCUGUGGGAUGGGGGGGAUCGGGAAAACUACAGCUGCCAAAGCUUUCUACAAUAAGUACUCCAGCAAAUUUGAUAUCAGCUGCUUCAUUGAAAAUGUAAAACAGAAUUCACGGGGAGGUAGUCCUCUACUUUUUUUACUUAAGCAGCUCUUAGGUGAGCUUCUCAGAAAGAAGGAUUAUGUGGUCCGGAAUAUUGAUAGUGGUAUGAGACAGUUAAAAAAAAUUCUUUCAUCUAAGAAAGCUCUCAUUGUGCUGGAUGAUUUGGACCAGUCGAGCCAUUCGGAAUUUUUAUCAAAGCUUUGCAACUUAUGUUCAGCUGGAAGUAGAAUAAUGAUCACAACAAGAGAUGCAAACUUGCUAAAUCAACUAAAAGUCGAUGUAUCAGACGUGGACAUAUACAUGGUGAAGGAACUGGCACAAAUUGAUUCAUUGGAGCUCUUUAGCUAUCAUGCCUUCAGAAAGCUGAUACCGCCUGAAAAUUUUAGAGAGCUAUCGAUAAGCUUCAUAACUUAUGCCCAAGGUCUUCCACUAGCUCUCAAGGUGCUGGGCUCUUCUUUGCGUGGCAGGACUCAUUUGGCAUUCUGGAAAGCUAAACUUGAAAAAAUUCGAGAAUUUCCAGAGCAGGGGAUACAGAAAAUCCUUCAAAUGAGCUACGAAGAACUAGAUGAUGAUACAGAGAAGGCAAUUUUUCUUGAUAUUGUAUUCUUCUUUGUUGGAAAGGACAAAGAUGACACUGUUCAUAUCUUCAAAUCUUGUAAUUUUUUUCCAGACGUUGGAUUGCCAGUUCUAGUGGAGAGAUGCCUAUUAAGAAUCGAUGAGAAUAAUAAGUUGCAGAUGCAUAAUCUUAUCCAAGACAUGGGAAGGGAAGUUAUUCGUGGAGAAUCCGAAAAUGGGAAGCGUAGACGCUUGUACUUGCAUCAGGGGAAUGCAUGUCAGGCUUUGGAAAAUCUUGAGGGAAGAGAUAAAAUCGACAGUCUAAUUUUAGACUUGACCAUGUCGCGAGAGAGGCGAAUAAGUGCCAAGAUAUUCAAAAGGCUUCAUAAUUUGAGAUUACUUGAAAUAAUUAAUGCACAUGAUGUGGAAGGAAAAUUCAACAAUUUAUUUCACGAGUUAAGGUGCAUACGGUGGUCUCACUGUCAAUGGACAAGUUUACCUUCUAGUUUCUGUCCGCAAAAUCUGGUCUCUAUUGAAAUGCCAUUUAGCGAAUUGAAGACACUGUGGAAAGUUAACAUGCCUCCUGUUUCCUUGAAGACUAUAGAUGUUAGUUACUCAAAGAACCUGAAAACUAUCCAUGACUUCAGAGAUUCAAAAUUGGUUGAGAAGUUAUUGCUUUUUGGUUGUAAGAACCUGCUAAAAAUCCACCCGUCAAUUGGACGGUUGACCAGGUUGGGUCAUUUGGAUCUGGGUGAAUGCCAGCGGUUGAAAAAAUUGCCCAAGGCGAUUGGAAAAUUAACUAAAUUGGGCCAUUUUGAUUUGCGUGGUUGCCACAGCCUGGAAAGAUUGCCUAAUCCAAUCAAUCAAUUGACUAAUUUGGGUUAUUUGAAUUUGGGCGGUUGUAGCAAUCUGGAACGAUUGCCUGAGCAACUGGGUGAUAUGCUUGGCUUAAAAAUGCUUAAUGUAAGUUAUACUGCGAUUGAAAGACUACCUGAAUCCAUCGGAGGGCUCACUAAUUUGGUGUCUCUACGUUUGUCUGCUUGCAAGAACCUUACCAUUCUUCCGAAUAGCAUAUGGAAGCUGAAGUUGCUUGAAGUACUUCAGCUGGACGAGAGUUCAAAGCUAGAGCGAUUGCCUGAGAACCUAGGGAAGAUGCAGUCCUUGAAAGUGCUUAAAGCAUCUAGGACAUCAAUAGAAGAAUUACCAGAUUCUAUUGGGCUACUGAGUGGAUUAGAAGAAUUGGGAAUAAACCGUACCAAGGUUACAAAUCUGCCUAAUAGCAUAAGCAAUCUUACAUCACUCACCAAAUUACAUGCUAGGCAAAGAGACAUGGCUGGUAUUACUUUUCCCGACGCAUUGAAAAUUUUGAAUUUGGAAAGUUUAUCUCUGAGAUGUAAUGUAAGCGUGUGCUUACCUAUUAUUCUAAGUUUCACAUCUCUAAAAAGCUUAUCUCUUGCUAAUGAGGGGGAGAUUCUUCCCUCAGGGAAAACGUUAAGCCUUUCGAAGCUUUCCAACCUAGAAGACCUUUCGCUGGAUAACUUUACAAGUACGGGGUCAUACUUUCCCAAACUACCUCUGAAUGUCAAAGAAUUAAGUAUAAGUGGACAUGCUUCACUAGAACAACUGCCUGAUUUAUCCAACUUAAAACGGUUGGAGAGAUUAUAUAUAUUCAAAUGCAUCAGCCUUCAAGCACUUCUGCCUCUUUCCCCUCAUCUUCAAUCAAUUCGAGUUAUUAGAUGCCCAAGGUUACAAAAUCUACCAGAUCUGUCAAAGUUGAAGAAAUUGAGACAUUUGGCUUUCACCGGAUGCAGGAAUUUGCAAUCAGUUGUUAUAAAACCAAGUUCUCUUCAGGUAGGUUUAGACGAGUUCUCUUCAUUUGAAGCUCAUCUACCAAACAGGGAGAUUGCAGAAUGGUUUAGUUUUAAAAGCUGUGGCACUACUGUCUAUUUAGAUAUCCCACGGGUUUUGGGAGACGACUUCCUAGGUGUUGCUCUCUGGGUUGUUUAUACAUGCAAAACCGCAAUGUUUGAUUUAUGGAUAAGAGCUGUUAUAACCAAUAUGACAGAGGGCAGUGAAGAGGAAUAUGACAUGUACGCACAAACCGCUAAAAGAGUGGGUGAAGUACAGUCGCUAGUAAAAUGCAUUAGCGGAGAUGAUAUUCUGGUGAGAAGUGGAGACAGAAUUAAGGUUUCGUUUGAAAGUUUAUCUUCACAUGUAUAUUGUUCAGACAGUGAUGAUGAAGAGGUGUGUGGAGAAGUGAACGUGGAGAUGUGCGGUGCUCAUGUGUUACAGAAAACACUCCUCAAGAAGAAAAUUGUCUCAAAGAAAAGAAAAAGGAAGAGUGCUUUUAAGUAAUAUGGAAAGCAUUAAAAUGAAGGUGCUGAUGUUACAAGAACACUCCUUACACUCUCCAUUAAUAUCUUAUCUUUUUUUUAAGAUUGUGUCUCAAAAUGUAAUUUAUUUUAAAAGCUAUGAAGUUAGAAUCUUUAAGUCUGA